UUCCCUCGCCGCCAUGCAGCUGGUUCUCGGAGCGCUUCGCCGCAGUCUUCGCGCAAUGUUCAUGACUUUCCCGACUAUCCAGAGACGAGAACCUUCCGGCGAGCCGCGCCUGCUACACGACGUCCAAGCACAAAGCCAAGUUCCGGACCAGGUUCGGAACGGACAUCAGAAAGCGGGUGUGAACCUCCGAAAGCGACCUGGCUGCGAAGCAGGAGUGUGUGGAGUUGGGUUCCCGAGCCGUUUUCCGUGUGAGUCCCGGCGCCCCCAGACGUCCUCGUAUCGCCAGCUGAAGCAGGGCAAAGCUUCACACGGACCAAAGAGCAGACUAGGACACAGGCAGCGCAGUACUCCAUUGGCCAGCGUCGGCUCAUCGACAUCAUGCUAUACCUAGGCAUGGGGUUUCUCGUCAGAAUGACACUGGACAAGAACAUGGAGGACUGUAAGAAUGUCGCCACACCUAUCACACGUCGGAGGAUAACUGCCAGUAAGGAGAGUCUUCCAUAGGUACAUCCUAUCCUUAGUCUG